ACCCCUAACACAGCUGAAGAAUGGAGGAUAAUCGCAAAGGAGUUUGAAGACUGUUGGGGAUUCCCAAAUUGUGUUGGGGCAAUGGACGGGAAACACAUUGGGUUCCGACCCCUCCGAAAAGAUGCAGUCCUGUACUAUAACUACAAAGGGUUCCAUAGUAUAGUUUUGCUUGCUUUAGUUGACGCCCAAAAAAAGUUUCUGGCUGUUGAUGUUGGUGUAAAUGGACGCAUUAGUGAUGGCGGAGUUUUGUCUCGUAGCAAACUGAAUACAGCUCUGUUGAAUAAUGAGCUCAACUUUCCACCCCCUGAACCACUACCGGGCAGGAGAAUUAAAGUUCCAUUUGUAAUAGUUGCUGACAAUGCAUUUCCUCUAAGAAUUAACCUGAUUAAACCGUACAUUUUUAAAUCCCUUUCAAAAAUGCAGAUUCAUUUUAAUAAAUGUUUGAGCAGAGCAAGAAACGUUGUGGAAAAUGCAUUUGGGAUACUAGCAAACCGGUUCCGCGUGCUCUUGGGCCUAAUUGAAAGCCAAGACCCUCAUUUUGUAGAACUAGUGACUCUUGUUUGCUGCAUUCUGCACAAUUUUCUUAUUGAAGAAGAUCCAAAUAGGUACCUAGGGUCUAACGCGGAGGAAGAUGAAAAUGAAGAACCUGCUGAGUUGGUACCGCUUGAGCCAAUUGAUGCGCGUAAUGAUUCAGGAAUAAAGGUGCGAUUAGAAUAUCUUAAGUACUGUAAUAAAGUUCCACUGUUCUAUUGAAAAACAAUUAUGUUCCACAAACAUUUGAAAUAUUUUACUUCUCGAAACAUUAGUUUGGGUACAUGUUAUUACUGAAUUUACAAUGGGAGUUGCUGGCACACCAUCAACAUACUGUUAACUUUUCUAAUCUUAACAUGCCCUCUUUUAAAACUUUGUUUUAUGAAUUUUCCAUUAUUUUCAACUGACUUCAGUCUUGCCUAUGUUUUAAUUUUGUCUUUUACUUUAACUGAUAAGAUACUUAAGUUUUUAAUGAUAACUACAGAAAAGUAUGUUAAGUAGGCAGCUCAUUAUAUUUAUUAACUAAAAUUUCUUCUACUUUUGAGGACCACUCUA